AUUGUCAUCUGUCAAUUUUGGCUUCAGCGCAUCAGCAUUCAGCGUUGAAAACUUUUAUUUUCGCAUAAAUAUUUAUCAUGCCUCUGAUAUUUUAAAUCAUUGAACUAAUCGUGUUUUGAAUAUACAACAAUAAAUAUGUCUCGUGACAUGGGUCGAAAAGAUUAUUACAACCGCGAUCGUAAUUGGGAUGCGUAUCGACGGUACGAGAAGCCGACAAGGAAGCGUAGUAGGAGCCCUCACAGGGAGCAAGAUAAACGGCGAAGCAGGUCACCUCGCAAGCCCGAUAAGGAUAUUAUAGACGACAAUAUACUUAGCGAAAUAUCUAAGCUGCCCGAGCCAAGCGAGCUUUGGGACAAUCAGUUUCAACAAGAGAAUAAUUACACGGCGCCGGCAUCCAAUUUCUCACAAGAUUCUACCUUCAACCACAACUACCAGCCCUCGUACUCUGGGCAGUAUGAUGAGUUUCCACCCGCACCUGGUGCUCCACCACCAGCUUCCAACGAGAUGGCCUCAUGGAACCAGAUGUCGCUACCACCUCCACCACAGCAGGUUUAUAAUGUUGAGGAUCAGAUCAAGAAAGAAGCGGCCAUCGAAUCGGAAAUGCGUCACCAGAAAGCUGCUCUAUCGAAACAACGCGAGGACUACAUAAAGAAAAGUGCAAUCCUCAAAAAAGAAUUGGACACAUUGAAAGAUCAACGGAACGAGCUUCGGGGCGAUUCUAAACGCUCCCCUAGUCCCGAUACUAAACGCUUUCUAAAGGAAAAUACUAAGCUGCAGUUGGAGAUACAGAAUAAACUGAAGACUAUCAACAAUGUGGUAGACAUGUUGAACGGCAUCAUCGGUGAGGAGGCUGCAGAGAUACCGGUAUCUGACGAUUCGCCUGAUCGCGGCUCUAAACGAAAGUCCAGGUCCCCGUCCAACAAGAAAUUCAACUAUGUGUACUACGAUCCGGAGAUGCAUUGGUGUCGUGUGUGCAACGAGUUCCCUCCGACCGCUAAGGACUACCUGAACCAUUUACAUUCGGCGGCGCAUCAUAAGAGUGCAGCAGCGCACAUGGAAGCGCCGUGGCAUUCUGUGACGGGAGUUAAUGAAGGAUUUCAAACGUUUUCAUCCGCUCCUACAAAGAGAACACCUAUCAAAGGUCUGCAGUUCUUCGUGCCGUCUACUGCGUGGUACUGCAAGCUGUGUGACCAGUUCAUCGGUGACUUGCAUUGUGCAUCCGCUCAUCUCAAAUCCAUCGUGCACGCUAAAAACUAUACGAACUUCGUAGAACAAAACCCGCACUGGGAAACCGACUGGAUGUCGGACCGGCAAAAAGCAUUCGAAAAAACUCGCGGCAAGAAGAACAAAUCUAUCGACGACAAGAACCACGCCUACACGGCACACACUAUAACAUUCAACAAAGAUGGCUUCCACACGAAGACCAAGAGCCCGCCGAAGGAAGAAGAGAAGAAGAGAAAGGAGAAGAAGAAGAAGAGUAAAAGGAAGAAAGACAGCAGCAGCAGCUCGUCGAGCAGCUCCAGCGAUUCGGACAGCGAGCCUGUUAAGAAGAAGAAGAGUAAGAAAAGCAAGAAGUUGAAGUUGGACGCUCACGACCCGCGCGUGCAAGAACUAAUGUCGUCGCUCAACGAGCGGCGCCGGGCUGAUAGACAUCACUUUGACGCGUUGGCUAACAGGAUAAAACUGGGUCAGUUGGAAGAAGCAAGACGACACGCGCCCGAGCGCGGCCGGGAGCGAACAACUAGCGACCGGCGGGAAUCCAUACGCCGCUCCCGUUCAGCGGAUCGCCGGACGGAAAGCAGACACCGCGAUGACAGAAGAGAAGAGAGAAGGGACGACAGGAGGGAGGAGAGAAGAGACGAUAGGAGAGAGGAGAAGCGGGAAGACAAGAGAAGGGAGGAGAAGCAAGAGGAGCGGAGGGACUCGCCGACGCCCGAUGUGAAGAAGCCGGAGAUACGGAAGAUGCCCUUUAUAGGGAAAAUGCCGGUAUACAAACACCUCGGCAAGUCGAAGACGGAAGAGCAGAAGAAGGAAGAAGAGAAGAAAAAAGAAGGCGACGAAGCGUUGAAGAAGAGACAGCAAGAGAUCGACGCGGAGAUACAGAAGAAGGUGGCGGAGUUCAAGGAGAAGAUAGCGAAGUCGCAGCUGGAGCGCGAGCAGGAGCAGGCGGCCGCGCGGCUCGUGGGCGGGCUGCUGCCCGGCGCCUUCCUGCUGGCCCCGCCCACCCCCGCCCCCGCGCCGCCCGCGCCCGCCCCCGGCCCCGCCCCGCUCGCGCAGCCCCCGCCCGCCGCCACGCCCGUGCCGCCAGGCACGCAGCCGCCGGUAAACUUACCGAAAGACUUCCAAGAUGCGCUCGACAUAAUCUUCCCGUCAGAAGUGAAACAAGAAAUGAGCCAGCAGGACAUGUUCCAAGGGCUCCAGGGGAUCCCGGGCUUCCCGGGGCUCAGCCUCGGUGGUGUGAUGCCCCAGUUCCCCCAACUGAGCCUCCUGGGCCAACCCCCCAUGAUGAUGCCCUUCGACCUCAACUCGCCGCUGUUCCCGAGGCCCCAGCUCUAUGACACUCACGUGCCCAUGAUGUCCAACAAGCGCAACCAGAAAAAUAAUAGACAGAAGCAGCAGAAUCAGAAUCAACAGAACCAGAAUCUGCAGAAUCAGAAUAAUCAGAAGGAGAAGGAGAGCCCGGUGGAGAAGAAGACAGAGAGGAAUAAAGCAGAGUUGGAUGAAUUGGCUCUUCUGGGUAUCGAUGCCUCGGAUGUUGGGGCAGGCAUGUGAUGGCUUGUGGAUACAAUGUUACAAAUAAAGUACUUGGCGGUUAUAAUGAGGGUUUUUAUUGUGUUUUACAUGUGCAGUGUUAUGUCUGAUAUAAUAUGGAAUAUGAGUUUUUUGGUAAAAAUGUAAUUUGUAGUAUUCAUAUCAGAAAGUUCUGUCCCAAUCUCAAUUCUUAUUAUUUUUUUUAGAUUUAUAUUUUUCAUUUAGAAUUAGUCUGUAAGAUAAUGUUAGUCAGUCAAUCACAAUACUGAUAAUUAAAAAGAAUUGUACAAUACCAUGUAUUGAGCAUGACAUGACUUGUAUUUACGUUAUUUUUAGUUUACGACUAAAUUCUUAUGUUUUUGUGUAUAUUAUGUGAUGAAUAAUAAAAAUGUUCGACAUGUACAA